AAUUGUUCUGCUUAAAGGAUUGGAGCCCAUCAGUGAUUAUCAUUUCAGCAUGGUUAAGUCUUUAUUGGCCAGUGAUUUACAACUGACUAGAAAAACUCAAAAUAAAUAUAAUAAAAUUCAGAUUGCUGACUUGAUGGCAGAAAAGUUCCGAGGGACUGCCAGUGUUGAGAAACUAAUAGAAUUGUACAAAGACAUAGACGAACUUAAAGAUCGUGUCAAAAUUCUUAAAAAUGAGAUAUCAAAAGUUCUAAUGAGAUGGAAAGCAAGAGGAACAACCCCAGUGGAAAAAAGCAAGGAGGAUAAACCCAGUACUGACGAAUCUACAACCACCACAAGCAAAGGUUUUGGACCUGAAUCAAUCAAUGAUAUGCCUAUGUUGAAGCUACCCCAGGAACAGAGUCAGCUUGCAGAACCUUCGGUAACCAGCACACAGUCAGCUGAGAGCCUUCCCCAGACUCCUCAGAUGCCUCCACCAGCCCCGUCCAGCAGUUCAUCAACCAAGAAAAGGAAACACAUCACCAAUAAAACUGAGGAAUCCAAGAGGAUGAAACUGUUCCAAGAGCAGAGUCAGCUUCCAGAAUCUUCAACAACCAGCACAUGCCCAACUGAGGGCUGUCUCCAAACUCCUCAGAAGCCAGCACCAACCCCAUCCAGCAGUUCCUUAACCAAGAAACCAAGAUUGAAGGCUGUACCUAAAGAAGCUUCCAAAGAGGAGAAUUUCCAGAGCGGCCCCAAAGAAGUGAUGGUACUGAAAGCCACAGAACCAUUUACAUAUGCCGUCAGCGAAGGGGAGAGAAAGAUGUUUCAUGCCACAGUGGCUACUGAGAGUGAAUUCUUCCAAGUGAAGGUGUUUGAUGUCAGCUUGAAGGAGAAGUUCAUCCCAAAGAAAGUCAUUGCCAUAUCAGAUUAUAUUGGCCGCAGUGGGUUCCUGGAGGUCUACAAUGUCUCACGUGUGUCUGAUGUUAAUGCUGACCGAAAGAUGGAGGUCUCAAAGCGACUCAUUACAAAUGCUACUUCCACUCCUAAAAUCAUUCAUCUGUACUCGCAAGCUCCAGGAACAUUUGUGAAUGGAGUGUAUCAGGUGCAUAAGAAAAGAAUGUGGAAUAAUUUCCUAUAUUACGAAAUACAAGAUAAUACAGGGAAGAUGGAAGUCAUGGUGUAUGGACGACUGGCCAAAAUCAACUGCGAGGAAGGAGAUAAACUUAACCUCAUUUGCUUUGAAUUGGCAUUAGGUGAGAGUAAGAGGCAGCUGAGAUCUGUAAUUCACAGUUUCAUCAAGGUCAUCAAGACCAGGAAAAGCAAGGACACAACUACUCAAUGCUGAUUCAUAUAUGAAAACCUCACUAGAUUUCUCCUUCUUAAAAUGUGAAUGCCAUUAAUAGUGAUGAUAAUGGAGAUAAGAUUUAAGUACAAAUAUAUAUAUAUAUAUGUGUACACAGUACAUAUAUAUGUAUGAUAUACAACAAUAUAUAUACCAGGUAUUAAUUCUUGGAAAUGGGAUGUAACAGGUGUUUUUCAUU